CCCUGUCCCCGCCUUCCCUCGCCGUCAUGUCGAUAUUCCUGGUGAACACCAACGUGCCCCGCGCCUCUGUGCCGGACGGGCUCCUCUCCGAUCUCACCCAGCAGCUGGCGCAGGCCACGGGCAAGCCGGCGCAGUACGUCACGCUGCACGUGGUCCCGGACCAGCUCCCGGCUUUCGGGAGCUCCAGCGAGCCGCGCGCGCUCUGCAGCCUGCACAGCAUCGGCAAGAUCGGCGGCGCGCAGAACCGCUCCGACAGCAAGCUGCUGUGACGCCUGCGCGUCAGCCCGGGCAGGAUCUACAUCAACUACUACGACGUGAACGCGGCCAACGUGGGCUGGAACGGCUCCACCUUCGUCUGAAUGUCGCGCUCCGGACUCCCCCGCCCCAGGCCCGCAGCCCGCGCGUGGUUUUCUGCCCGCCCCGCGCCCAGCGACCCCACCUCCCGGGACGGAGAAAUAAACGAAUGAAGAUAAUGGGGAGAGGAACCAUGAGAAAGAAUUUGGCAUACAACAGAGCUGACAACUUCCACACAUAUGCAGAAAUUCCUUUUAUUAUGUUAAAAAUAUUCCUUAAUGAG